AGUGGCAGUGUGUGAAGAAUUACAUAGUGUUGGCUAAGUGGUUGAUUUCUAGGCAUUCUGACUUUAAAAAAAAAGGUGUAAAAAAGAAAUGUAAAUUUGGUUUUGGGUGUUAACUAAGUAACAUUGAAACACCCUUACCUCCUAACUCAGGCUGUGUAAUGGUGCAGAUUCUUGUCUUUCCAGUUUCAGGGACUUCAGCAACUUUGAUUUUUUUUUCAUGACACUCAAAGGAUAAUUUGAAACCUUUAAGUCCAAUUUUAAUUUCUGUGAUACAGGACUUUUCAGUUUCUCUCUUUGAAGACUGCCCUUUUAGUUGCUAUAAGAACAUCCAGGCGCAUGUCUGACCUGCUCGCUUUAGAGUUUCAUUGGGAUAGUUGCCUGCAGGAACUCCUUAAAAUGGGUGUUGCAGAGUUGUGUAUUAUUUUGUUAAUGCUCCCAAAUGUAUUUGCAAAAGAUAUAGAAAAAACAAAAAGACCCAUUCUCUUCUGUGGCCCUUGCUCCUUAGCUGGAUCACAGCUCCUGUGAUGGACUGUGUUGAUUUAACUGGUGAGAACACUGCAGUGCAUCACAGAUGUGUUACAGGUCUAGUGAGGGAGCCAGGCCCAUAGAGGAGAAUGCGGGCAUGAAGCACCUGAACUACACAAGGCACUGCAGCAGCACGGGUGGAUACAAAUUAAUGCUGACCUGAAACAAAAUGUUUUGGUUCAGUUCCGCAAACCAAAAUAUUUAAACGAAACUGAAUGUUUAGUUUCUAAUUUCCAGUGGAAAAUAGAAAAAAUUCAGCAAAAUUGAAAUUGUGGAAGUUGCAUUUUAUGCCCAAAAAAACCCAAACAGAAAAUUCCAGGCCAUCUCUAGUUAAUAUAAUUGAUUUGAUUAUUGUGAGCAUUGUGGAAGAGAUGAGGUUUUUCAAGGGAUUUUCCUAAGAAGCACUAUAUAACACUCCUGAUAUGUGUGGUGUGUAUGUUGAGUGUGUAUUUAAGUUUUAUGUGAGGCACAAUUGUCCAGACUAGAUUUUAAGUUAUUUGAUAAGAUUUAAGGCAAUCCUUCAAUCUUCUAGAUUGUUUAGUUUUUUGGUAGAUAUCAAAGUGAAAGUACUUUGAAUUCAAGUCUGUUUAUAUGAGUAGGUGGAAUUGCGGUACUAAAUGGAAUAAAAGUGCACUCUGUGAGGGGCUAUGGCUGUAUUAGCUUUUAGUAUCAAGAAUAUCUCCAUUCUCAAAAUCUGCCGUGUUAUUUCACUUGGAGUUCAGUUCAGACAUUCGCAAAGCAUUGUUCUCUUAAUUCUGCAGUUUGGCCCUAUGUGCUGUUCACGAGAAGAGCGUUCAGUAGUUUUAACUAAGCAUUUGGUCUUCGUUCUGUACCAUAAUGUUACUGGUUAGUCUCCUGUACCGAAGGUCUGCAGAAGCAACUCAUGAAGGAGAUAAGGCGGCUACUUGUCCAAAUGUGCAAAUCCACAGUGUUCCAUCCCUCUUCUUCAGAGCACUUUUUGGGAUGGAUAAGAAAUGAGGAUAGGGCAGGGCCCAUUGGUAGUCUCUUCAGUGUCUAGAUCUCAGAUUGUUGAUAUUGUUGUUGGAAAAGAUGAGAAGGGCAGAAAGAUUCCAGAAUAUCUGAUCCAUUUUAAUGGUUGGAACAGAAGCUGGGAUAGAUGGGCAGCUGAAGAUCAUGUUCUUCGUGAUACAGACGAAAACCGCAGAUUACAACGUAAAUUGGCAAGAAAAGCUGUAGCUCGCAUGAGAAGAAAAGGAAGGAAGAAGAGACAUUGUCGUCUGCCUGGUGUUGACUCUGUGUUAAAAAGCCUUCCUGCUGAGGAUAACGAUGAGAGUAGUGAAAAUUCUAUAAGUAGUUCUUCUGAUGACAGUGAUGAAGGAACGGAUGAAGAAAUAAAAAGUGAAGAAAGUGACAUUGAAGAGAGGACUGACAUGAAAGAAGAACAAGAGAUUCACAGUAAAAGGGAUAUGGAAGAAAGAGCGAUAAGUAUAGAAAUUCCUGAAGUUUUGAAAAAAAAGCUUGAAGAAGACUGUUAUUAUAUUAACAGAAGAAAACGGCUAGUGAAACUGCCUUGUCAGAGAAAUAUAAUAACUAUCUUGGAGUCAUAUGUGAAGAAUUUUGCCAUUAAUGCAGCGUUUUCAGCUAAUGAAAGAUCUCGACACCAUCAAAUGACUUCACAUGUCAACAUGAACCUUCAUUAUGUCCCACCAGAAAAGAAGGGCUGGUGUGAGACACCCCCUGCUGAAGUAAAGUUAAACUUUGAGCUUUAUGAGUUGACACCUGGUCAAGUUAUAGGAGCACAAACUCCAAAAGUGCAGGUGUAUCACAAAAUGCCUUCAGAGGACACCAGUUACAGUGUUGAGUUAUGUAAAGAAAUGGUGGAUGGACUGAGGAUAACCUUUGACUUCAUUCUUCCAUUGAUUUUGCUCUAUCCCUAUGAGCAAGCACAGUUUAAGAAGGUGACUUCAUCCAAAUUCUUUCUUCCAAUCAAAGAAAAUGCAGCAAACACUAACAGAAAUCAGGAGGAGCUAUCCCCGAGUCCACCUCUGCUGAAUCCACCAACUCCUCAAUCCACAGACAGUCAGCCUACAACAGGAGAGCCAGCAACACCCAAGAGGCGUAAAGCUGAGCCUGAAAUACUACAGUCUCUGAGGCGUUCUACACGUCAUACAUCGAACUGCGACAGGUUGUCAGAAAGUAGUGCAUCUCCACAACCUAAACGACGGCAUCUCGAUACGCCCGCUUCAAUGCCAAAACUGUUUUUGCAUCUGGAAAAAAAAACACCAGUCCAUAGUGGGUCGUCAUCACCUAUCACUCUGACUCCUAGCAAAGAAGGGAGUGCAGUAUUUGCUGGCUUUGAAGGUAGAAGAAAUAACGAAUUCAAUGAGGUGUUGUCUUGGAAACUGAUGCCGGAGAACUAUCCCCAAAGCGAUCAGCCACCUCCUCCCUCUUACAUCUAUGGAUCUCAGCAUUUGCUGCGGAUGUUUGUUAAACUUCCAGAGAUACUGGGGAAGAUGUGCUUUCCUGACAAAAAUCUAAAAGCUUUGGUAAAGCAUUUUGAACUGUUCUUGAGGUUUCUAGCCGAAUACCAUGAUGACUUCUUCCCAGAGUCUGCUUAUGUAGCUGCAUGUGAGGCUUACUACAGCACCAAGAAUCCUCGGGCAAUCUACUGAAGCUUUUACUGAACAAUAAAUCUGCUGUACAUAGCCCAUGGUUGUUGCUGCUUUGCCACAUAGCUACGAGGUGAAGAUGAAAUGGAAUUUGAAUGGCCUUUUUCAGAUAGGAAAAAAGGAGUCGCUUCUAUGACUACUGGAUUCAUUAGCAGAGAUGGACCACUUCUUGUUUCAGAGCCAUGCAAAGAUUGCAUUCUGAAUUGCUCCAAGUGUUGCAUGUAAGCUGCACUUCUAGAAGAAGCCCUGCACUGAUUUCUAAUGCAUAGGACUGCAUAAAGUUCUUACUAAGAAGUGGGGGUGGGGGGAAGCAGGUGCAUUAGCAGUGGGACGCUUUCAUGAAAACAAUUACCUCAUGCUGUCUUUCAUUUUAAAAUGAACUGUUUUCAGCAUGAAAAGUAAAACUGGCUUCACUCUCGUGUAAGAAGAAUGCAUAACUGGCAUCCUGUGGAUUUCGUGUCACACACAGAACCCACACUUCAUUUUGUGAAACAGUCAUGGCAGGAAGGAGUGCUGCAUAUAGAGGAAGAAUUGCAUAGCGAUUUUAUUGUCAUGGUCUGUGACUCAAGGAAGUAGUUUUCUGUGGCUUAAAGCAAGCAACAUUUUUCAUUUUUCUUUUUAAAAAGCAUCUGUCUUUCCCAUAGUAGGUUGCCACAGUUACAAGUGCAGACCUCACCAGUGAUUCAUCUUAUCCAUGUCUGUGAAUGAUUCCUAAAGGCAUUAAAAAACAGGAUGUUCUAACAGGUUCUCACAGAGUAAGCAUAGAGUGAAUAAAGUGACAGUAGUUACUUUGGCAAACUUUUUUCUUAAUAAAGAAACUGGUUGAUAA